AUGAUCUUUAAUCUGUCACUGUCGACAUCAUGGGUUCCGGCAUGCUUCAAAAACACUAUGAUAGUUCCCAUCACCAAAAGAUCAAACAUUACCUGUUUAAAUGACUACAGACCGGUUGCACUCACACCCAUACCUGCAAAAUGUUUGGAGAGAUGGAGGAAUCAUAGAGAAGAAGCAGCAGCAGGACAAUAUACCUCUAACACUGGGAUCAACCACCUUUCAGACAUGACAACAGAAGAAGUCAAUGCUAAACUGAAUGGUCUGAGGAUGGAGAACUUUUCUUCUGAGAAUUUCACCGUUCUGGGUGAUUACCCUGUCCCCUCCAGUGUGAACAGGACUGAGGAUGAAUUUGUCACCCCUGUGAAGAACCAGGGUGACUGUAACUCAUGCUGGGCAUUCAGUGCAGUUGGAGCUUUAGAAGCUCAAAUGAAGAAGAGGAAGGAUGAGCUUGUUCCUCUGAGUGUUCAGAACCUGGUGGACUGCAGUUCAAUGCUACUCUACACAUAUUCAAUAAUUUAUUCUAAACCAGAAGUCCUGCAAACAUUUCUACAGAGCUGUGUGUGUGUGUGUGUGUGUGUGUGUGUGUUAGGUAUUUAUAACUACACUUGUGAAGGUGAAGGAGUGAAUCAUACGUUUCUUGUGGUUGGAUAUGGAAAAGAAGGUGGGCAACAAUACUGGCUGAUCAAAAACAGUUGGGGUGUUGAUUGGGGAGAAGGAGGAUAUAUGCGACUCCAGAGAAACAACAACAAUCAGUGUGGAAUCGGCACCUACAGCGUCAUCCCCAUUGUCUGACCUCAUUUCUCUCAUAUCAUAUUUGAGUUUUUUUACUUUCCUUGCUGUUAUUUUAGCUUCUUUAUGUACGUGUGCCUGCAACAUCCGGGGAUCGAGAGGAAAAAGUAUUCCUGCUCUUACAAUGAACGAAAUCCAGA